AUGGAUGAAGAUAACAGUGUUAACGACACUGCUAACUCAGAAAAUAUUUUUACUGAGGUCGAUGAUGCAUAUGAUAAUUUAAAAUCUAUUACUUUAAAUAGUUCAAAUGAUGAUGACAGCAAUGAAAUACAAGAAGUGGAAUUAUCUCAAUCGACUGCAGAAACUUGCAGCAAUGAUUCGCAAAAUUUUGUCGAAAGUGAUCACUCAAGUUCAGAAUAUGUAGAAAGUGAAAGUGAAAAUAUAAUAGCAAAUGGAGAUGUCAUUACAGAAUUUAAAAAAUUAAAAAAACUAAAUAAAAUAUUAAACGAAGACAUAGCAAAAUUAGAAAAAAUCAAUGAAAAAUUAGAGGCUGACAGGUGUCCAGAAUUACACGAAUUGCAAUUAGAAACAUUAGAAACAACUAUAUUACAACAAAAAGAUGAAAUUACUAGGUUAAAAAAUUUAUUAGAAGAAGGAGAAGGUACUUUUCAAAAAACAAUAGCUCAGUUAAAACAAGAUUACGAUUUGAAAUUAGAAAAAUUAUCUAAACAAUAUGAUUUAGCUAAAAAAGAAAAGGAAUCAAUGGUCAUGAAAUAUGCAGUAAGCGAAAAAUCCGUUAUAGAUCUCAAGCGUGAAAUUCAAUCAUACGAAUUAAAAUUAAAAGAAAACCUUAAAGAUAAAGAAACUAACAUGGCAAAAUUAAAAUGUGCUAUUAAUGAAAAAAAUAAAGUUAUUCAACUUCUCGAAUCUAAAAAUUCAGAAAUAUCACAAUUAGAAAAAGAAAAUGCGAAAAAAAAAUAUGACAUAAGCAUGCAAGAUUCAAAAAUCAAAUGGAUGCAGGGAAGACUUAAAGCCGAAAUGGAUAACCAUGUUGAAACGCAGGGAAAAUUGGAAAAAUUACAGCAAAAACUUAACGAAACAAGAGAAGAAGGAGAACAAUAUAGAAAACAAUCACAGGCUCUUAUUAAAAGUUAUCAGGAAGCGCAAGAAGAAAAAGUUAAUUAUGAAAAUGAACAAAAAGCUAAACUCAUAAUUGACAAACAUGAUGAAGAAACGACAGCAAAAUUACAAACUGAAUUAGAAAAUAUGAAAACGAGAUUGCAAAAUUUAAUUGAAGAAAAUAGUUUUUUUAACACUAAAGUUCAAAACUUAGAAAAAGAAAGAUUCGAAUAUGAAGAAAAAUUAAAAAAAUAUUCUAGAGAUAUUGAUAUGCAAAAACAGACAAUAUUCGAUUUACAAUCUCAAUUAGCAGAAUAUGAAACAAUGUCAUUUUUGUUAAAGCAGGAAAAGGAAAAAUUAAUGACAAGUCAACAAGAAAUUAAUAAUUUACGUUUACAAUUAUCAGAAACACAGCAAGAAAUUGAAAUAUCAAAAAGUCGAGAAGCUGAAUUGUUAGAAUUUACACAAAAUCUAACAGAAAAAAAUGUCAAUUUGCAAUCUGAUUUUGCUGUCAUCAAAGCAAAAGCUGAUAAGCUUGAAACAGAUUUCAGUUCUUGUUCGGAUCAAGUAGAGCAAUACAGGGAAGAAAAUUUGCAAUUAAAAGAAGAAUUAGAAAGAGAAAAAUCAGAAAGAAAUUUAGAAAAGGUUAAACUUUCAAAACGUUUAGAUGAAGAAAUUAAAAAAUCCGAAGGGCUUGCACAAGAAGUAGCCGAUCAACAGGGAGAAAAUCAUUUAUUGAAAAAAAAACAUUUGAUUUCUCUCAAGGAACUUACAAGAGAAUUACAAGUUUGUAGAAAAAAAUUAGAAACUUACGAAAAUUCUCAAACAAAUCCUGGAUUCGUGGACGAGUCGAGAACGAGUUCGAAUACGUCGUUGAACAUUGUCGAAAAUGUCGAUAAUAAAAUUUCAUCUAGUCAUUCAUCUGUUGCACCCUCGCCAUCUCUUCCUGCCGAAUUUGAUAAACAAUUAUUAAUUGAUAAAAUAGUUAAGAUACAAAAAUCGAAUGCUAAAAAAUCAGAAAAAAUUGAAUUUUUAGAAGAGCACGUCAAACAAUUAGUUUCCGAAUUACAAAAUAAAAGUAGAAUAAUACAAAAUUACGUUAUAAGAGAACAAUCUGGAACUUUGUCAUCUGAAACAAUGGAUCAAAACAAGGUGGCAUUAUCUAAACACGGUGGAAUAAUGGCAUCCGUUUACAAUUCGAAACCCGUAGACGAUGGAAUGACUCUAGAACUUUCGUUAGAAAUAAAUAAAAAAUUACAAGCCGUUUUAGAAGAUACCCUUUUGAAAAAUAUAACGCUUAAAAAAAAUAUGGAAACUCUGGGAAACGAAAUAGCGAGGCUGUCGGAAUUAAAUCAACCGUCAAAGGUACAAACGUAA